CCACACCCCUUUUGCAACGGCCUUAGGCCCAAGGCAGCUACUUAGCUUGUUUGUGCCUAAGGCCGGCCCCUGGAAUUGGUUCUAGGCGCAAUCAUACAAUUUAUAAAUAAAUAGCAUUGUGCUUACAAAAUUAUCAGCUUAUCAUCUAGACAAGAUAAAGUUUCAAAACCAUUGGGCAACUGUCCUUCUACUAUAGGAGCCUAUUUGGAUUGCUUGAAUAACACUAAAAGUUACACAAAUUAUUAUCAUCCUUGUCCUUAUAUAUAUUUUGAAUCAGGUGUAAUACCUGUUUUUUGUAACAAUGGAAGUUGGGGAAAAGUUGAUUAUGUUUCUCACUGUGUACCAAUUACUGAUGAAGAGCAGAUUCUUAGGAAAUAUGAAAUAUUUUAUGAAGCAGGAAUUAUAUCACUAUACCAAUAUCAAUAUAAAGUGGAUUCUAACAUUCCAAUAAUUAAACAAUUAUGCUACUAUCUUUAUUUAAUUGAUGCUGUUGUAUGCUGUAUUAGCUUCAUUAUACUUUUACUGUUAAUUCCGCUUAAAAAUCGUCGUUUUAUGUUACACAGAAACUUAAUAUUCUCUAUCAUGAUGAGAGAUAUUUUACGUUUGAUUAAUUUGCAUCUGGAUAUACUUCCAACCGGAAAUUAAAAAAUUCUAUUUAAGAGUUGCAGUUAUACCUUUAUGUUUUUGCAGUAUUUUACUUUGGCAGAACUUUUGUGGAUGUUUAAUGAAGGCUUUUUUCAGUUUCGACAGUUUUUCUUUGUUUUUUUUAUUACCAAGUCUUACAUGUGUGUCUACUUUGUUGUUGGCUGGUGUUAAUGUACUUUUGUUGUUGUAUCUAAUGUGGAUUGUUAUUAGCAAGCUUAAAAGUGGCACUGGUACUGAAUUUGAAAAAUCAAGGAGAGCUGCUCGAAGCUUUUUACUUAUUGUAUUUUUACUUGGUGGUGGUUAUAUUUUUGUAAGUACUGGACCAAAUGACUGUAUACCAUUUGAAUAUAUUCAAGUUAUUCUUAUUGCUCCUCAGGGUAUUUUUGUUUGCGUGCUUCAAGUUUUUAUUAGUAAAAAAGUGCAAAGUUCUGCAAAAUUAAAAAUUAAUCGCCUGAAGCUUAGAGCAUCUAUUAGGCGGUCUACUUCUAAAUCACCUCAAGGCACGACAUCGACAAGUAUCAAAAAGAGAAUCAGCUCUGGACUUUUUGUUCGUAAAAAAUCUAAUUCAAUGAUUAAUGCGCCUCAGCCAAAGGUUAAUGCAAGUUCAAAUGUGGUAGAUAACGCUAAUUUACAAACAUGUCAUAAUCAAAAUGACUUACCAACACCAGGAGCACAAAAUGAGGCAUUUGUAAACGAAUUGCAAUAAAUUACUACUUACGCUUUCAUCUUAGUGACCAGUAUUAACACAUAAAAUAUUGAAGCAGACAGCAUUAUACCCGGCUACUCACAUUCUGUGAAAUAUUUUUAUAAAUAAAAUUCAUGUGAGAAAUUCUAACCAAUGAGAUGUCUCAUAGACAUUCUAUUGGUUGUAUCUUAUAAUUAUUUAAGUAAUAAAGCUUACACUUUUCUUAGUGAUUAGAUAUUUUCUUUCUAAUUUACUGCAUAUGGUAUUUCUCAGAUGUUCCAAAUGUCAGUUGGUAUAAGCUGAUACACAAUGAAUACUUGAUAUCUAAAUCAAUUUAGCACGUGUAAAUAAAUUAUGUAUGCAAUUAUUUACCUAUAAAUGUUUAUAAUGUAUUGAUAUUAUAAUAUUUAUUCUACGGUCACAAUAAUAUUUACUAAUAAAUUUAUUUUAACAAUAAAAUAUCCUGGAAUAAUAGGUUUACUAAU